AUGUUCGCGGCGGUGGAGAGAGGCACCGCUAGGACCCCGUGGGAGUUUUCGAUCCCCCGCUCGAGCCUGGAGAACGAGGGAUGCACCGAGGAGCACUUAAGGCGCCACCUGGACCACAUGGUCACCGGGUUCGAGCGAUCCACCCGGGUCCGCAUCCCCAAGAACGACGCCAAGACCUACCACGACUUCGUCACGCGCGAUCCCGCGUUCGAGGCGAGCGACAAAUCGCUCGCCGUGGUCGUCCAUCGCAAGGGCCAGCCCGAGGACGCCAUGGACGCGGACGAGAACGCGCACGCCAUCCUCGCCGCGUGGGAGGGAUUCCCCGCGGUGUCCUACGCCGACGACGAGCGCGUCUCCGUCGCCAUGCACGGCCACAUCUCCAACGCGCCCGAGAUUCGAGAGCUCUACGGGUUACCCCCCGCGGAGCCCGCCACCUUGGUGGAUCCCCCCACGCCGGACAACUCCCACGGCCCUCGACGCUCGCGGCGCAUCUCCGGUAACAAGGCCACCAUGGACGCCGCGAAUGCGAACGCGAACGCGGACGGUCCCCACGCCGGCGCCGCCAACGUCCCGCGGAUCGAGGGCGCCAGGCUCGUGCUCGAGCUGUACCAGCGCCGGUUCGAGGACAAAGACGGCGAUCCGAGCGAUCAGCCCGUGACGGCGCUCACCGCCUGCGAGGGCUCGUUCUCGUUCGUGCUCGUGGACAAGGACAGGGACGCGAUACUCAUCGCCCGGUCAUGCGAGAGCGACACGCACCCGCUGUUCUGGGGCACGGCGCCGGGGAACCCCGACGGCGAGGACUGGGACGGGUCGAUGCUCAUCGCGCACACGAUCGAGUCGAUCGACGAGCUGUGCGGCGGCGCCGCGGUGGCGUUCCCGCUCGGCGCGUUCUACUACGUCGACGCGAGCAUGGACUACGGCGUGAUUCAGAGGAUGGUGACGUCCGCGCCGAAGCGGAAGGUGAAGCCGCUUCACAGGGUGAACUCAUCCGGGCAGGUUUGCGGCUUGGGCUUUUACACCGAGAGCGGGCAGAACCUGGCGAGCCUCCACUCCAAAUUCAUCGCCUGA